CGAGCAGAGACAACAUGAAGACGCUGAGAUUUAUCGGGGCAGAGAACUUCAUAUCCAAUCAGGAAUAUGCUAAAAAACAUAUCAGGAGUGUGGCACAUAAUCUGUACCCUCUCUUACUGAAAGCUUGUUACUUGCAUGAAAAAGAGGAAUUACUCGUUAUGUUGGUGGAGAACUGGCCUCAGCAAGAUUUCAUCUUUGGCAAACUACUAGGCAAAACACUGGACUACCCUGAAGACAUCAGCCACUGGGCAUGCCAACAUAGUCUGACAGCUUGUCUAAGGGGCUUUAAGAACUAUGUCCUGAAUCCCUCAACAACUUACUCAAAAAGACUUAAAGUUGUAGACCUGACAGCAAUUCAAGACGUUGAAUUUCAGCCAUGCCAAUGUAAGAAGCCAUUGGGAAGAUGGGCAAGAACAGAAAUGAUUUCCCAGCUCUCUUUUGAGCUUCUGAUGGAGAUGCAAAGACUUGAUUUUGAUCCCUCUGUGUUUGACAUUGACAUUGAUAUCUUCUGUAACCUUUUUGUCACAGAAAGGAACUAUGAUCUUGUGGUCCAAGCUUUACUGAUGCGAUGUCACUGCCCGCUGAAGAUAAGAUGUGUAGAUUUUAGAGCAGAUAAUUUAGCCUUGAGGAAACUCUUUUAUAUUUUAAAACUUGUUGAGCCCGAUUCUAUUCACAAGUUAGAAAUAGUUCACAAUGUCCGCUUAGAACUUUACCACCUUGAGGUACUUCUAAGCAAUCUCACGUUCUCUCAACUGAGGUCGCUCACCCUACCAACAAGAACUUUCAAUGUUAUACAUUAUACACCAGAGGACAAUGCUGUCCUAAGUACAAUUGGAGAGAAACUAAGCAACAUGGUCCAUCUCACAGAGCUAAGUGUUUCAUUCUCUACACUUACGGGAAAGCUGAGGAAGCUGCUCAGCCCGUUGCAGACUCCACUAAAAGUUCUUGAACUAGCCAAUUGUUCCCUGAACCAGGUGGACAUGGCAUACUUGGCCAACAGCUUGCACGCCGAACACUUGGAAGUCUUGGACCUCAGUGGCCACAAUCUAACAGAACUCUUUCCAUCCACAUUCUUUAAACUUCUCCAAAAAGCUUCAUCAACCCUGAAGACUCUGGUUUUCGAGGAAUGUGAUAUUGGAGAUAUGAAUAUCCAUUUGAUAGAAAUGGGCUUGAUGCAUUGCCUCAAACUCAAAGAUUUUAAGUUCCUCCAGAAUCCUCUGACAUCCAUAAGCCUUAGGCGAAUAUUCAGAGUUCUUGUAAAUUUGCCCAUGCUGAAGUAUGUUGAGUUUCCAGUACCGAAGGACUGCUAUCCUCCUGAUGUCAGCUACCCCCUGGAUGAAGUAACCCUCGUCAAAUUUGAUCAUCAAAAAUAUAAUAUGGUGAAAGAAUCUGUACAACGUAUUUUGGUUCAGGCUGCUCGAAAUGAUAUAUCGGCUGUCACCCCUCUUUUUGGCAGCUAUGAUUCUGCUAUUGAAGAGACCAGCAAAGAACUGGGUGCAGGUUUAUUGACUUCAUUUAGAGAUGCUCUGCAGAGUUUCACAACAGCUCUACAAAAAUUGUAAAAGUCUGCGUUCUAGAAAAAUACACUCAGAGGACUAAAGUGUGAAUGGCGGUAAUGGGUUUACUAUUCAACUCAAUCCUUUCUUUCCAACUCUCCCUCUACUUGACUGUAGUAAAAACGCAAAAAAAAAACGGAUCUAAAAGACCAAAUUAAUAAAAAGACUAAAAAAAUAAAAUAAAAAAAAACAGUCAGACAA